UGUAGAACAAACCGAUCACCGAUAUCCUUACCUACAUAUGAAAAUCUACAAUGGUAUAAAUAUUCCCCCUGGUUCUCCCUGGUCUCUGUACCGCCGAAGUGAGAAAAGUCAAUUGUGAAGAGGAGUCCCCUGCCCAACAUGGCUGCACCACCGCAAAUCACAUGUACCAACCUCUCAGGCAAGUUUGUCAUGAAUAAGACUCUGUCUGACGACUUCGACUCAGUCCUGGCCUUGCAAGGCGUGAGCUGGCUCACCCGCAAAGCCAUUAGCUUCGCUACCGUCGUUUUAACCAUCAAGGAAUACAGCGAAGAUUCCUUCUACCACAUUGACAUCACUUCUGUGGCCUCGGGACUUUCAACAACGCAAGAGAAUCGUACACUCGACUGGAGUGAGAGAGACCAUACCGAUAGAAUCUUUGGCUCUGUGCGAGGAAAAUCUCGAAUGUUCAACACAGGCGAAUAUCAGAUGGAAGGGCCAGGGUCGCCGGAAGACGCUACCUUUCUCCAGGCCGAGAAGCUCAAGGAUGGGAAGACUGAUUCCAAGUUCCUUGACGACGAGCACGUACAGAGUUGGGUGAAGAGCGUUGACGGAGGGAAUUGGAUUGCGGAACAAAAUUGGGGCUUCGAAGAGAUCAACGGCGAACGAAGAUACACUCGACGUGUAGUUGUGUGGAAGAAUGGGAAACAGCAGCGAGCCCGGCUGGUGUACGACUACAAAGGACAAGCAGACGAUGGCAACGUUGGCAGAGAGGAUGAGGAUGAUCUAGCUUAUGGGGAGGAAUGAUCGAUGGUCAGUACCGCGUUCCAGAGCUGGACUACCAUGAACCCUCCGUCUAUUCGUACAGAGCCUCGGUAACAAAUUCAUUAUUCGUAAUUGUGAAGCCUCGUCGCCCAUGAGCACAUGUCAGAUCUUUC